CCACAGCUUCAAAGCCUAUGGUUCAAACGGCCCAAAUAAGAAACCUUUACCACCAUCUGGCGGUUAAUUGAAACCCACAUGUUUUAGUUGAAUCCACUUUUAAUAAUGGCAAUGAAGCCUUGUUUUAAUUAGUUUUUGUUGAGAAACGGUGUCAACGGUAAAUCGUGUAAAUUACCGAGCGGACAGUGGCUGACUGAUGAAGUGACGCAGUUUUAUUUUGACCUCCUGCACUGACUGGCAACUUCUACUGAGCCUUGCCCGAAAAGCAACACAUCUCCAAUGACUGCAGUGUCAGCGUCUUUUCCUCCAAGAAAUCUCAGACAUGGACAGCCGCAGGAAGAAGUUGAAGUUCAAGCAGCUUCAGACUACCAUCACCUCACCCACACAGCUUCAGGAUAGUGAUGCUAGCCCAGGAACACCGUCUUGCUGGAAUAUGUCUCAGAAUGAAGAUUCAUAUAACCUCGGCAGCUCUCCAGGACCUGAUGGCCUUGGGGCAAUGAGUCUGAACACUCCCAAGAGAAAAGCAAAAGAGCUUGGUGAAAGCACGCCCUCUUUAGGCAAGCUUAAGCUGAGGAAACUGUCCAGGAAAAAUUAUGAAGAAAUCAUAACCUCAGAGGAGAAACCCAUAGAAAACUCAUCCAGGCAGCUAGAAUCCUCAGAGAGCGAGCACGUAUUGUCCACUUCACUUCACUCUUUCCUUAUGAAAAAGAGAGAGAGGACACCAGAGGAAGGAUCGACAGCUAUCUACAGCAGGGCACUAAUAGCAGCCAUUGGCAGCUCAAAUGAAAGGGGCAGCACUACAAAUGCCCCUGUGACCUCACCUCUGAAGACCCAAGUGCUCAGUCCGGCAUCACUUGACAGGAACCCCACACAUAUAGAUUGUUCCCCAAUUAAACCGGUGUAUGAAUCUGAGGACAACGGUAGUAUUCAGGAAGAAUCAUGGGAGCCCAACGUUCAAUCGUCUGAGGACUCUGAACCCCAAGGUGGUGGAUCAGAGUUAUUAACAGACAAAAGAACUGUGGUGCUAAAAGAUGAAGAUUCACAGAAGAGGUUUGUCGAUCCGGACCAUGUGUUGGUAGAAACAACCUCUCGGGACAAGUUAUUUGCUGCAGAAAAUGGACCGGAAGACAAAUGCUGUGACGCUCCCCUUGAUGUUGAAGAGUAUACCCCAGAUUCUAGGUGUUAUUUCUCACCUCAUCAGUAUGAUUCUCCUGAUACCCAUCAAUGGGAAAGCCCUCCAUUGAAUACCCAGGGAGCUACAACUUCCUCUUUCACCUUUUCAUACCCUAAUGAAACGUCUUGGGCCGCUGUGGAGAGGCCUUUCUCACCAUCACAGGGGACAGUUGUUGUCCCCUUUAGGGCCAACCAAACAAACACAGUCCCUUCAAAGGCAUCCAAAGUUCGGACUGAGAGUUUCCACUCUUCCGACGCUGUGUCCUAUGUAUCGGAUCCGUAUGCUCUGCCACUCCACUCCAGAAGAGGACUGCGGAACUCCACAGCCACACACAGGAAGUCAGAUUCAAGCUUCUUCAUGCGUCACACCUUGACACAUUGUGACCGUCCUAAAAGAAGACGAUCCAUGGGAGCUGCACCUUUUGGGACCAACUACCCGGGCAGUCAGGUUGGGUUCAUAGACACACACUGUCACAUAGACAUGCUCUAUGGAAAGCUUGGUUUCCGCGGGACGUUCAGCAGCUUUCGAAGGCACUACCAAAGCAGCUUUCCUCCCGAGUAUAGAGGCUGUAUCACCAACUUCUGCAACCCAAGGGCCACGGCGAAGGAGGCCCUGUGGGAAGGUCUGCUGGCUGAAGACAUGGUAUGGGGGGCCUUUGGGUGCCACCCCCACUUUGCCAAAUUCUACUCAAGUGUCCAUGAACGCAGUAUGCUGAUGGCCAUGCGGCAUCCAAAAGUUGUGGCGUUUGGUGAGAUCGGCCUGGACUACUCCCACAAAAACUCCACUGAAACCCCCAAACAGAAAGAGGUGUUUGAGCGCCAGCUGCGUUUGGCUGUGGCCAUGCAGAAGCCUCUGGUGAUCCACUGCAGGGACGCAGAUGACGACCUGCUGGAAAUCAUGAAGAAGUGCGUCCCCAGGGAGCACAAGAUACACCGGCACUGUUUCACAAACAGUUAUCCGGUCAUUGAGCCCUUCCUGACGGAGUUCCCCAACCUGUAUGUUGGUUUUACGGCACUGAUCACCUACUACAAGGCUGCCGAGGCCCGAGAUGCUGUCCGCCAGAUCCCUCUGAACCGCAUCGUGUUGGAGACAGACGCACCGUAUUUCCUCCCAAGACAGGUUAAGAAAGAUGUCUGCCAGUUCGCUCAUCCUGGGAUGGGCAUCUACACGCUGCAGGAGCUCAGCCUGCUGAAGGGGGAGGACAUGCACACGGUCCUCAGCACCAUCCGGAACAACACCGUGCAGCUCUACGGCAUAUAAUCUAAAGAUGGUGGAUACAAACUAGCAAGAAAGAGGAGACAGAAUCAACAUUUCUUGAGCUGGUUUGUGACGAACAUUUUAUGUGGCUUUUUUGUUUUGGAUGUACCAGUCCUCCGUGUAGAGAUGUGGAUGAUCAGUCUCGUUUUAAUCAAUCUGAAAAACUCCAUAGAAAUGCAACAAAAAUAAAUGAACACUUCUCUGACGGAGAUGCUGUAUAUUAUUGAUUAUCUGAUUUAAAUUGUAUUCCAUUGUUUAUCAGAGAAAUUCAUUCCUAAGCGUUUUUUUAGGUUUUGUUAUCUUUGCCGGUUUGAAUCCCCUGUUUGUUCACAUUUGUUUGGAUAUUUGUUUUGUGUGCUGUGUAGUUUGGGUUUAAACUGUGGGGACGUAUUCAAAUCCUCUGAUCCUGUUUUUUAAUGUUAAGCUAUGGUUUGUUUACUGACUUGUAUCAGAAAAGUUCUGACUGAUGAGCAGAUAAAGAUGAGAAAUAUAAGCGAAUACUGUGUGGUUUGUAACGCAGCAACACAAACACGUUUGCUUUGAGCAAAGCAGAUUCUUUGUUGGAGAAAGGAAGCGGCUGCAAGACUGUCCAUUAGCCAUCUUUGAUGCCAACGUGUUUGUCACACUCCUGAGUGCUUUUUAUAUUGAGAAUGAUUAACCUGGAUUCUUGUGACAUAUUCUGGUGGUUAGAGUAUGCCAACAAAGGACAAGAGUAGUUUUAGAUGAAUAGAAGUACACACUUUUUACCCAGGUUCCUAAUAAAGCUUUUUUAAAGAUUUUAAGAGCCUCUCCAGAAAGCAGGCCAGAGAACAUUAUGUUCAGGGUUCUAUAUCCGUGGGAUUAAGAGCAAAAAGAUAAAAGGCUGCACAGAUGCAUGUGCACUCUGUGUUUCAUCUUAUACUUCACAUUUCUUCUUCUUUCAACAACAUUUAAACCUGCGAUUGCCGUUCUAAAGGGAGUUUCCCCAGCACUAUCAGGAAUAGUUCACAUAAAUCUUAAACCUGUUUUCCUUUCCUCUGUAUGUAUGUAUCUGUGUGUUAACAAAAUUUUUAAAAAAAGUGAAUUUCA